AUGCAUUUCUCAACACUCCUCACCCUCGCCACAACAGUGACUCUGGCCACUGCGAAGUCUUAUUACUGUCUCAUGGGGCAGGAUAAGACCGGAUUCAUCCAAAAUGCUUACUGCUGCAAUGGAUACCAUGAUAUGCGGGGCAAUGAUAUUGCCAAAGGGGGCAUCGAUUGCACGGAAAUGAAGAAAGAUGUACGGGAGAUUUGUCCCGAUGGGAAUACGCCCAAGUGCUGCUACACUAUUGGAGCGCAAGUUGUGUGCACAGCGGAGGCAGUUGUGAAUGCUGACUAG